AUGAAAAUGAUAAAAGUUCAACGUUCAUUUUCGAAAGCUUCGGCUACCGAAGACGAAGCAACACCGCUUGGUACAUUAGAAGCCACUUUGUCGUGUUUAUGGAUUUUGACGCCGUUAUCAGCUACGCUGUCUCUAAUUUUGAUUGUAACUGGAAUGGGGACUAACCAAUGGAUGCACACGUCUGAAAAAAUGCCUAAUCCCGCUUAUAAUGGCACCGGAGAUAAGGAGUAUUUACCAAAGUUGACGGUUUCUGGAUUGUGGACAUUCUGCUUUACAAAUCCUGGCGAAAGCACGUACCAGUGUAAUCCUAUCGAAUACUUUUCCGAAGAAGCUUACAGCCCUGAUCCAAACGAUUCUACAUUAGCUAUACCGUAUGCUGUCUCCAAAUCAAUUGUAUUCAUAUUCGUUGGAAGCGCGUUCGUUGUAAUUGGUUACAUCGUUUGCAUUCUAGGACAAUGUUUAACUACGACCGCAAGAUUUACAUUAAUCGCGGGGAUAAUUUUUAUACAAACAGGUUUGGCUAUGCUGUGCGGCCUCAUUAUGUAUAUAGCCGUAUUUAAAUCGGAAGUGGGCAGCAAAUUGCGACCAAGAUCCCAACUCCAACCACCGUCCUUCGACUACUUCUACGGCUUUUCGUUCAUCAUUUACGUCACAGGCGUAGUUUGUACCAAAUUCACAGGAGUGUUUUGCGUGUUUUCCUUCAUCAACAAAACUCAAUACGACUGGAAGAGGAAAUGGAUUAUCGAAACGCCUCCGGUAGAAAAUUAUUCGCAUUCGCAUCAAUAUAAAGAACGUAGAAGAAUAAAUUCGUGUACUAUGCAUCCGGAUUCUUAUAUAGAUUCGAAUAGGAGUUACAUCUACCCUCUUACUAAUCACAAUCAUAUGAGUGCUGUUGGUUAUUCAUCUAGUUACUCAAAUACUUUACCGUGUAAUUUACACCCAUCCCAAUCUAAUUCUUUAAAGGAUAUGUCUUACUUUCCGGAUAUGUUCUCCCCUUCAAGCAUAUCAUACAGAUUUCCGCAUCAUUUAAGUACAAAUAACAUUGACAAAUUCACUACUUUCCAAAGAGAAGCGAGUACUUUUCCUAGAGAUCCAACUACGAAUACGGUCAGCACGACGGCUGAUGUAGUUUGUGAAUAUAACGAGGAUUAUUCGCCGAUGCACGAGCAGGAAUUUGCUAGAUUCGAUUUGGAUCAACCGUUUAACGUUCGAACUCCGAGCGUUGCGAGUUUAUGCGAAAAGGAGAGACGAAGUUAUCAAAGUGAUACGUUGAGACGAACUACACCGGUGUGA